AUGCCGGAACCUUGGCUCACAUGGAAUGUCCGUGGGCUAGGAGGAACUACAAAAAGGGAGAUUGUGAAGAAAGCAAUUCAACAACUGAAGCCAGAAUUACUUUUUAUUCAAGAAACAAAAUUAAAUGAGCAACGACAACGAUCAAUACAGAAGUGGGCACAAGGUAUGAAGUUCCGUCAUGUGGAGGUUUAUUCAGAUGGAUCCGCAGGAGGGCUUUUGUGCAUGUGGAAGGAAAACAACAUUCAAGUUCUGACAGUGGUGACUGAUACUAAUUUUAUUCUGCUGACACUGAAAAUACCAAAUUAUGAACAGCCAGUAAUGGUGGGGAAUGUUUAUGGUCCACACACUGUGGCAGAGCGCAGAGUAUUUUUUGAGGCACUGUACAAUCAUAUCUUGGGGCAUGUUGGCAUGGUUCUCUUGGGUGGUGAUUUUAAUGCUGUUUUAUUGGGUGCAGAACGAUCUUCAGGAGGUGUUCUGGAUGCAGGUGAUAUUAUUUUUCAGCAGUUUGUGCAGGAUAGUAAUUUGUCAGACUUACCACUUAUGAAUUGGGAUUAUACCUGGUUCUCAAGUCGAAACGACGGUUUAUGGAGUCGACUCGAUAGAUGGCUGGUGUCUGAUGAGGUGAUUUUAUCUUUUUCUAAUAUUUCUCAAUCAGUUUUAGAGUGGAAUGUGUCUGACCACAGGGCUGUGUCUUUGCUGUUUGGUACUCCGGAUGCUGGUCCAAAACCGUUUUAUUAUUUCAACCAUUGGGUGGAGGAGAAUGGUUUUAAUGAGUUGGUGGAGUCUUGGUGGCGUUCUGUGUAA